CUCUGCUACUGGGGGUGAGUGGGAGAGGGAGGAGAGACCGAGUGAACCGCACAGCAGUGGGCAACCCACUAGCCCACAAACCCUGUCAGGCGAACAUAGCUUGUGUGCGCAAGGUUUUUUUUAAACUCCUGUUUAAGACAUACUAGUGUAUAUACUGUAGUGUUUCUAAGAUUCGGAUUACAAGACUUAUUUGUUUUGUUGGACCACUCGGGGCGGCUGGAAACUCGGGAGGAAAGAAAACAACAACACUGGAAAAUACACGGGGUUACACACAACAGUGACAAAAAAAAAAACAACACUCCCGGACAAGUGGUGUCUGCUGCGAAAGGGUAAAGUCCGCACCAAAAACGUAAAUACUGUUGAGGUUAUUUUCAGUUUCCUUCGUUUUAAUGUCGGACUCUAGAUUAGUUUUCUGUGUUAACUCAGGAGACAAUGAAGACAUAGCAAGCAAAAAAUCGAGAAACUCAAGUGUUUUCGACGCUGUUAGCCGCUGCGUUAGCACGAGCGUGGCUCUCCUGCACUCGGUGAAUGUAAAAGCUGACGCAGCUAACUGAGCUAAGUUAGCUUCAAAGCUAACGGUUGCUGAAUAGCUAAACGCGUUUUUGAGAAACUUUUCGUGUUGUUUUUGCGCAAACACUGAAGGAGUUUUGUCCAUCCAGAGGGGAAGGGCAGGUUCCCUUGUGGACUUUAUCCUCUCUAUCUAUUUAUCGAAUAUGAUGGCUGCGGAGGUCAGUAGUGAGGAUCCCAGCUCGGUCACGGCAGGGACAGGGGUGGCAGGCGGAGGAGGCCCGGAUACGGCCCCUUUCCCCUACCAUCUCAAGUCGAGCAGAGUGCGAGCGAACGAUUUGUCACAAGGAGCACCACCAAUCCCGCGCCAACCGUCAAACACAUCCCCGGACUCACUCCCCGACAUCAGCAUGAUCUACCCGGUGGAUAGUGGAGACCUGACUGGACCAGUACUGAGCGCAGCAGGAGGUGGACAUUCAGUUUACCAAGGAACAAGCUCAGGGUCCGUGGGAGGCAUGCGCCACUCUCCCACUUCAGAGUCUCCAUCCAACCGAAUUUCACCCACAGCUACAGGCCAGGAUGGGUCCAGUGUCUUCCCACCCUUGCCUCCACCUCCACCACCUCCUCCAGGAGGCACCAUGGAUGAAUGCGACAUGCAGGAUGGACCUGAAUAUGAGGAAGAAGAGGUGGUGUUCCCUCUUUCUGCACCUCCCACCAACCAGUGGUACCAUGGCAAGCUUGACCGAACCAUCGCUGAGGAGCGGCUGCGCCAGGCCCGGAACCCUGGCAGCUACCUCAUCAGGGAGAGUGACCGCCGGCCUGGUUCCUUUGUCCUGUCCUUCCUCAGCAUGACCAACCUGGUCAACCACUUCAGAAUAAUUGCCAUGUGUGGAGACUAUUACAUUGGUGGACGGCGGUUCUCGUCUCUAUCAGACCUGAUUGGUUAUUACAGCUAUGUGUCUUGUCUGCUAAAGGGAGAAAAAUUGCUAACUCCAGUGGCUCCUCCAGAGCCUGUAGAAGACAGGAGGAGGGUCAGGGCUAUACUACCAUACACCAAAGUGCCAGAUACUGAUGAGAUCAGUUUCCUCAAAGAAGACAUGUUUAUUGUUCACAAUGAGCUGGACGAUGGCUGGAUGUGGGUCACCAAUGUUCGCACAGAGGAGCAGGGCCUCAUCGUAGAGGAUCUGGUGGAGGAAGUAGAUCGAGAGGAGGAUCCACAUGAGGGGAAAAUCUGGUAUCAUGGAAAGAUCACAAAGCAAGAGGCCUACAACCUGCUGAUGACAGUUGGCCAGGUGUGCAGUUUUUUAGUCCGGCCAUCUGACAACACACCUGGAGACUACUCUCUCUUUUUCCGCACAAAUGAAAACAUCCAAAGGUUUAAGAUCUCCCCCACCCCCAACAAUCAGUACAUGAUGGGAGGGAGGUACUACAACAGCGUUGAUGACAUCAUUGACCAUUAUAAGAAGGAACAAAUUGUUGAGGGCUACAACUUGAAAGAACCUGUUUCAGUGCAGCACCAGGAACAAGUGCUUACAGACCCAGUGGAUGGUAGAGAAAUUUACAACACUAUCAGACGGAAACCAAAAGAUGCUUUCUACAAAAACAUUGUCAAGAAAGGCUACAUUCUGUUCAACAAAGGUAAAGGCAAACGGUGGAAGAACCUUUACUUCAUCCUGGAGGGUAACGACGCCCAGCUUAUCUACUUUGAAAGUGAGAAGAGAGCCACAAAACCAAAGGGUCUGAUUGACCUGAGUGUGUGCUCUGUGUAUGGGGUGCAUGACAGUCUGUUUGGCAGGCCAAACUGUUUCCAGAUUGUUGUCCAGCACUUUAGUGAGGAACAGUACAUAUUCUACUUUGCAGGAGAGGCUCCAGAGCAGGCACAGGAUUGGAUGAAAUGCCUCCAAACCUUUUGCAGUAACUUAAGAAAAAACACUCAGCCUACCUCCAACAAGAGGCUCAGACAGGUCAGCAGCCUAGUGUUAUAUGUUGAGGAGGCUCACAAGCUGCCAGUGAAGUAUUUCACCAACCCUUACUGCAACAUCUACCUGAACAGUGUCCAGGUGGCAAAGACGCAUCCGAGGGAGGGACAGAAACCUGUCUUCACCGAGGAGUUCAUCUUCGAUGACCUGUCAAGUGAAAUCAACAGAUUUGAAAUCAGCCUCAGUAACAAAACCAAAAAGAGCAAAGAGAGUGACAUUUUGUUCAUGCGAUGCCAGCUGAACCGUCUGCAAAAGGGCCAGUUGAUUGAUGAGUGGUUUCCUCUCAGCUCCCACGUUCCUCUGAAGGGCAUCGAGCCGGGCUCUUUGAGAGUAAGGGCUCGCUACUCCAUGGAGAAGAUCAUGCCCGAAGAGGAGUACAGCGAGUUCAAAGAGAUGAUCCUGCAGAAAGAGUUCUAUGUCAUCUAUGCUCUGGCCCACGUGUGUGGUCAGGACCGCACCUUACUGGCAAGUCUCCUUCUGAGGAUCUUCAGACAUGAGAAGGCUGAAGCUCCUUUACUCAGGACACUCAAUGAUAAAGAGAUCAACAUGGAAGAUGAGGCCACCACCCUAUUUCGAGCAACCACACUGGCUAGCACCUUAAUGGAGCAAUACAUGAAGGCCACUGCUACACCCUUCGUCAAUCAUGCACUCAAAGAAACCAUUAUCAAGAUCAUGGAGAGCAAACAAUCCUGUGAGCUGAACCCUUCCAAACUGGAAAAGAAUGAGGAUGUGAACCUGAACUUGGCCAAUCUCCUCCACAUCCUGUCAGAGCUGGUGGAGAAGAUUUUCAUGGCUGCUGAGAUUUUACCUCCGACACUGAGGUUCAUCUAUGGCUGCCUGCAGAAGUCCGUGCAGCAGAAAUGGCCAAACACCACAAUGAGGACAAGAGUUGUCAGUGGUUUUGUCUUUCUAAGACUGAUCUGUCCUGCUAUCCUCAACCCCAGAAUGUUUAACAUCAUCGCUGACCCUCCUUCUUCAACAGCAGGCAGGACCCUCACACUGGUGGCCAAGUCUGUUCAAAACCUAGCCAACCUGGUUGAAUUUGGUGCUAAGGAGCCCUACAUGGAGGGUGUGAACCCCUUCAUCAAAAACAACAAACACAGAAUGAUCAUGUUUCUGGAUGAGUUAGGGAAUGUUCCUGACCUCCCUGAAGCCACAGAGCACUUUAGAACUGACCUGUCCCGGGAUCUGGCAGCACUGCACGAGAUCUGUGCAACACAUUCAGAUGAGCUCCGGACACUGAGCAACGAGAGAGGAGCCCAGCAGCAUGUGUUGAAAAAGCUGCUGGCCAUCACUGAGCUCCUCCAGCAGAAGCAGGCUCAGUAUGCCAUGUCCAACAGCAACAGGUAGUACUGCACUCCUCACUCCUCUCAUCCUCCCUUCCCUACGUCAAGUCUCCUCCAGCAGAGGGCGGCACAGAGGAGACAGAGCAUGCGCCACCCUCAUCCCAGUGGCAACCCCUCCAUCAGCACCACCACCACCAUCCUCCUCCUCAGCUCAUUCCCAUCUACCUGCCAUCUUGUCCCAUUCACCACAAGAAAGCUAUGCAACAACAGCGACUGAGUACAACAACUGAUGCAGUACACAAAAACAGAGAAAAAAAAUGUUUGGUGUUUUUUUUUUUCUUCAUAAACUUUGGUCAUGAUACAAACUUGGGUACAUUUCAUUCCCUUCAUCAUGAGGGCCAAAUACAGCUAUUUCAUAAAAAAAAUAUAUUAUUUUGUACCCACUUUGUUUUAACAGCACAGGUUGCCAAAGUGUCCCCACCUCCCUCCUUCUGGCUCAUUAUGCAAAAACUGACAUGAAGAAGCUUCUUCUUUCUGUCCUCUAUUCUGGUAACUGGAUUGUGAGCUGAUGCUUUUUAUACUGUAAUUAGUGACUGAUUUAUUUUAAGGCUGUGAGCAUAUGUGCAAAGUGCUGAGACGAUCAUUUCUGUCUAUAUGUUUUACUUCUACUUUCGUUUUGGAACAAAGUGUCACAAAAGUAUUGUUAUUUUAUAUUAAGAAUACAUUCUUUUUUUUGGAAACUUCUGAAUGCCAGGCAACUCACAUAAUGAGAGAUACCAAGUACAAUGAAAGUGUUUACAGCAGUAAGUUGUUUUGUUUUUUGGAAAUAGUACAGACUGUAUUAGACAUGCAUGCAUUUAUUAAACAGUUUUUGUAAAGGA